GCCAUCGCCAUCAGGCCAUCAGGCCAUGGCCGAGGCCGAGGUGGAGGAGUAUGAGCGCGGCCACGGCUCUGGGCCGCAAGGCACCCGAGAAGUAAAUUUCUGUGACCCGGACUACUGGCUGUUCUACCUCUUCCCCUUGUGCUACUACUACGGUGACAUGAAGCUGGGUCAGGACGACGAGGAGCCCGAAUACGGCGACCUGACCUACUUGGCCAUGGUCUGGUGUGCGGGUGUGGCCAUCGGCUUGAUCUUCUACGGUGUUUCAGAGCCCCUGGCCCACGCCGUGGAUGCAACCAACAAGUACAACAACAACGGGUACUUCAACGAGAAUGAGAUGGCCAUCAACGGCCUGCACAUCACACUCUUUCAUUGGGGUUUCCUGGCUUGGAUUGUCUAUGCCAUCACUGCGCUGACCAUGGGCUUCCUGUCCUACCGGAAGGGGCUUCCACUCUGCUUCCGUACCACGUUGGCCCCUCUCUUCGGCAAGGCAACCUGGGGUUGGAUGGGGGAUCUGCUGGAUGUCCUGACCAUCGUCACGAUCGUCGCCGGGCUCUGCACGUCUCUUGGCCUGGGUGCGCGCCAGAUCGUCGGCGGCCUGCAGCGCCUCGAGUGGCUCGAUGGCGACCUGACCGAGGACGAGAAGACCAACACCGCCGCGGCGGUGAUCGCCAUCAUCACGAUCUGUGCCACGCUCUCUGUCGUUGCAGGCUUGGAGUUCGGCAUCAAGACGGUCUCCUACAGCGCCUUCAUGUGCGGCAACGUGCUGAUGAUGGUCGUGUUCGCAUUGGAUGAGCCGUGGUACAUCCUCAACGUGAUCGUCCAGAGCGUCGGUUACCACCUGAAUCACUUCCUCGAGAUCGCCUUCGACACCGAUGCCUUCGCCCAGAUAGAUUUGGGAAAUGGGCGGCCCAACGAUGGCAAAGGCGCCAACCCUUCCUGGAUGGACUGGUGGACCAUCUUCUAUUGGGGCUGGUGGAUCGCUUGGGCCCCUUUCGUCGGCACUUUCAUGGCGCGCAUCUCUCGUGGACGCACCAUCAAGCAGGUGGUCAUGUACACCCUCACCCUGCCCUUCAUGUACGCUGUCCUGUGGUUCUGCAUCUUCGGUGCAGCCGGCAUCCGCAUGAACCGCCGCGCCAUCUGGUUGGAGAACAUCGGCACCACGGAGUUUGGCAAUGCGGACUACUUCCUCCACACGGACACGAACUUCCGGCCCAGUGCGGCAGGCAGGUGCUUCGACGUGCCGGCUAGCAUCCCCGGCGAUGCCUUUGCCGCCUACUCCGUGAACAUCAACGUGAGUCCCGUGUGCAAGUUCUCCGGCGGAGAUUCCGAAGGAUACUGGUUUGACCUUAUGGGCCAGUAUUACGGCAUGGGCCAGGCCUUGACCUUUGUGUCCAUUGUCACCACCAUCCUUUAUUUCGUGACUUCGAGCGACAGCGGAUCCCUGGUGGUGGACUUGAUUGCUGCCAAUGGCCGCGAAGCGCAUGUGGUGCAGCGUGUCUUCUGGGCCUUCACAGAGGGAGCGGUGGCCAUUGCUUGUUUGUUUGCUGGUGGCUUCAGCUCACUUGACGCGCUGCAGGCCGUCUCCAUUGUGAUGGGCCUUCCCUUCACCAUUGUCAUGAUGAUGAUGUGCACCUCGCUGUGGCGCGCGCUGAAAAUCGAGGCCGGCGAAAUCGCCCCGAGAGGUCAGAGAACAGACUGGAAGAUGCCGAUGUAUGGUGGCAUCUUCGAUGCCCCCGAAUACUUGCUGAGCUGCGGAAGGUCCCGCCUGCCUUCCAUGAACACUUCUAUAACCUUCGCCUUGGCAACGCUGGCGCCGCCCAUGGUCUUCUGGCGCUCGAUGAGGGCCAUGUCCAAGUACGAGAAGGGCGAAGCAACCAGCGCAUUCCUGCACGGCAUGCUCACCGCCACGCUGGGCGUCUUCUUCAUGGCCUUCGUCAUCCUGCACACCGUCUCGUGGGUGUUUCAGGCGGACGCAGCAGGUGCAAAGGAGGGCAAGGCGAUGUUCUGCUUCGCUUGGAUUGCAUACCUCACCUUUGCCUCCAUCCUGUCUCUGGGUCGUCACCAGAUGAGGAGACUCUACGCUAUCGAAGGUUCCGGCAUCGAGGACAUCUGCGCGUCCGUCUUCUUGUACCCACAGACGCUGUGCCAGAUGAUGGAGCAAGUCAGCGAAGUGCCGGUUCCGAAACAGGUCUACAAGAAGGCUCAGGAUCUUAUCACAAAGGCAGCUGUUUCGCUUGCACGGUUGUCAAUCCUCACAUGCGUGCCGGCUGUUAUGGCUGCCAUGGCCGGAAAGCUGAAGCGACCGCCACGGGAAGAUCCCGAGGCAUUUGCCGCAUGGUGUGAAGGAGUGUUGGCCCUUGAAAAAGCUGCAGAAGAGGAGGAAUUGCUGUUGUCUUGUUCUCAAGCAGAGCUGCAGUCCAGAGGGCUCGCAAUUCUCAAGCUGCGUGUGGCCGAACAAUCUACGGCUCUGUAUGGACGUGCAUGUCUGACGCUGGAGCGGGCUACAGGGGACUUGAAUUCGCACAAGAUCAGCCACGGGGACAUUGUUGGAAUCUUCGAUCAGGGAAGUCGGCCGCUUUCCAAAGCGGUGCCUUUGGCAUCAGCUGUGGCCACUCGUAUACGGCCGGAAACCAUACAGCUGGCUUUUGAUGGAGACAUUCCCGUAGACAUUUUGGACGGACGACUCUUGAAUCUCGCGCUGGUCUCCUCGGACGUGACCCUCAAGCGCUACAAAGAGGCCUUGGAUAUGCUGAAGGGCGGAAGAGCGCGAAGCAGUCCGGCCUCUGCCCUGGUGGGUGUGUGCUUCGGCGAUGCGAAGCCCCGCUUCCACGAGGCAAAGUCGGAGGACAAUUUUGCGCGUACCGAUGCGAUCGAUUGCACAUUUCUGGCCAGUGCCACCGGCAAUUUGAACGAGCCGCAACAAACAGCCGUAAUGAAGGCUCUGCGUGCCGCUGAUGUGGCUGUGAUUCAUGGCCCACCUGGGACAGGCAAGACCACGACCCUCGUGUCUUAUAUUCUGGAGGCCGUCUACCGCAAGCAGCGAUUGCUGGUGACUGCCCCCUCAAAUGUCGCGGUCGACAAUCUGCUGGAGCGUCUUGCCGACGCGGGCUGCCGAUCCUUGGUGCGCCUGGGGCAUCCAGCAAGGGUUCAGGAGAAUAUUCAGCAGUUCACCAUGGACAAUGUUGUGUACGCCUCCGACCAGGCCGAACUGUGCCGCGACAUCAAAAAGGAGAUCGACCAGAUCUUGGGCAAGGUGAGGAGCAAGAAGCCACAGGCACCAAGCAAGCCCUUUGGCAACCUCAAGGAGCUUUGGCAGGCAGCAUCACCGGGAACUGGGAAUCUCAAGUGCCAAACCUGCUUUCAAGCUCUGCGCCUUGUUGCCCUUGCAAGUGGCUCCUCGAAGCUGAUUGUACCUUGGAACAUAGGUUCCUGCCUGUUUGAUGUCGUGGUCAUCGAUGAGGCGGCACAAGCGCUGGAGGUGGCCUGCUGGAUCCCUUUGCUCCUGGGCAAGAAGGCGGUUCUCGCGGGUGACCACCAGCAGCUGGCGGCCUGUGUGAAGUCGACGGAAGCCCAGCAGCAGGGCCUGGAUCCGAGAUCGGAGAUGGCCUUAGGUCUGGAUGAGACCCUCUUCGGCCGGCUGAUCGACCGCUUCGGCGAUGACGUGGCUUCUCUCCUGUCCAUCCAAUAUCGAUCCAACGAGAAGAUCAUGGGCUGGUCGUCCCAGUCCUUCUAUAGCUCGCGCCUCGAAGCCGCACCAUCCGUGGCGAGCCAGACUCUGAGUCUGCAGGAGGUUCCUUCCAUGAACAUCAGCGCAGAGAUCCUGGAAAUGGUCACUGCGCCCAUGCUGUUCGUUGACACUGCCGGGCUAAGCAUGUACCGAGAGGAUGGGGAAGCCUCACGUUCUGACAUCCAGCAGUCGAGAUGCAAUCCCGGAGAGUCUCGCUUUGUUGUGCACUACGCAAAGAUGCUGGUGAGAGCGGGGCUGCGACCUGAGACCUUCACGGUAAUAACACCAUACAACCGUCAAGUCGAGCAGCUUCGCGCCGACUUCGCGGCGGAUGCGGAUGUUGAGGCUUUGAAAAUAACACCCCGCAUCAACACGGUCGAUUCAUUCCAGGGCCAGGAAGCGGAUGCGGUCCUAAUUUCGCUAGUGCGCUCAAACACGCACGGAGUCGUUGGCUUCUUGUCCGACUAUCGCCGUUUGAAUGUGGCAGUCACCAGGGCAAGGAAGCACGUCUUGCUGGUGGGCGAUGCUAGUACAAUCUGCAACGAUGAUGUGCUCAGUUCGCUUUACGGCUACGCCUGCGACCACGGCCGGGUGGCCUUCGUCCAGCAACUGCUGGAUGAGCAAGGUGGGAUCCCAGCAGAUCCUAGCACCGCUGCUGCCUUGCAAGAAGAGCGUCGGCAAGCCCUUGCCAGAACAUCUGACAAGUCAAAGGAGAAAUUGCGAGACAAGGUGCAGGAGGAGGAGAAGCUCCGGCAGCAGUUUCAGAAGCGCCUGCGUCAUGUUUUGGACACUGGUCAGCCACUUCAGCUGCCGGCCAAGCUGAAUCCGUACGAACGGGCUAUUGCCCACGAGGUGGCCAAGGAGCUGGGCUUAAUGCACGAGUCCAGAGGCGAAGGCAGCGAGCGUCGCCUCGUGGUGUGGUCCAAAGACGGCCCCGUGCCUAACUUCCCAGAGCCCGUGGCUGCCGCUGCUGGCCCUGCCAGUGAAGGUGUCGAUGGCGCCCCUGUCGCAGCUCCGGCACCGGAGGAGGAGACGGCACUGGAGGCCUUCGAACGAAGAGCCCGCGACUUGCUGGCCUCGCUGGGUCCGGGCCAGCCGGUUGCAGAGUGGAAGUCCCCUACGGACGUGGAGGUGGAGGUUCUUCAGCGGCUUGCAGGUUUCCCACCAAAAGUGGAGCACGCCGUGUGCUACUUCGUGGCAGGCGAUCUGCAGCUCGAGGUGUCGGAAGCUGGCAGUGGCAAGAAGCGGCGGCUGCAGCUGAAGGUUUUUUGGCAGCAGACGGCAGGGCCAAUGCCGAAGUCAGAGGCCGGACAGGAGGGAAAGUCCGAGCCUCCCUCUGGCAAUGCACAGUUGGCGAGCCUCCACGAAGAAAGGAGACAGCGCCAGUUGGCCAUGGCCGAACAGCGGAAGAAGGACAUCGAGAAGAGCAAUGCCGACAUCAAAGUGGCUAAGCAGGCAGCCAAAAAGGAAAAGGCUGCCAAAAAAACGGCUGCCACAACUGAUGACGACGAUUUGGACGCGCUGUUGUCGGAAUUCACAAAGGAGGAGGGCAUCUGCAGUUUCGCCAACUGCAAGGAGAAGACGAACACCUUGAUGGACACGCUCUCCAAGUGCAAGUUCUGCAGCAGCCGCUUCUGCCUCAAGCAUGUCCAGGCGGAGGUGCAUGGCUGUGGAGAUCAGGCACAGCGCAUGGAGCAGAAGAAGUGGAAGGAGGCGGGUUCGCGCGGCAGCGGCUUGGUGAACCGGUCUGCUGGCAAGGAUGGACGAGGUGGCCGCUGUUCCUUCUCGUAG